AUCACCGUCUUCCUUGCCAUUCUCACCUCUUGAUCCAACCAGCAGCAUCCCCCUCCCCAGCGAGCCAUUAUGGGAGACACGAACGAUCCGGCGCAACAAGCGUUCAAGAGCGCAAUACACGAAUUCAAGUCCAACUUGAAGAAUGAGGAGCUGUACCGCCAAAUACUGGAAACCACCUCCAUCGACCAGGUGUAUGAUGCAACAGACAGCCUUCAGAGAGAGCAAGCGAAGAAGGGCCACCUCCGCAAUCUGUCUAAGAUUGAUGUUUACCUGAGUCGACUGAGGGAGUAUGCCGGCGUGGUGGAGGUCUUUGUUCAGGUCCAGCCGGACAUACUGGCGCUCAUAUGGGGCCCAAUCAAGUUGAUCCUCCAGUGGGCAAAUGUAUUGAAACAGUCAUUUGAUGCCAUUGUCAACACCCUAGAGGAAAUUGGCAUCUUGCUCCCGGAAUUUACGGAGCUGAGUAGGAUCUUUGAAGACAGCGAUCGGGUCAAAGAAGUCCUGGUGCUUUUCUUCAAGGACAUUCUCGAUUUCUACCUGAUCACAGUGCAGUUUUUCAGUUCAUCACGGUUAAAGUUUGUUUUCGAAAUGUUCUGGCCAAGUCGCCACGAGAAGAUCAAACUGGUGGGCGAUCUCAUCAAACGACACGCGCUUCUCAUGCGAAACGAAGUUCGGCUAGAAGAAAUCCGAGAGGCACAUAAUUCCAGGCGCCGGGAUCUGGAGCAUUUCCAGUUGACAGAGAGGGUUUUCACGCAACAGGAAUACAGCAGUAUCCGAGUGCAUGUUUCGCCUAGAAGCUACGACGAAGAUCUGUAUCGGUUAUCAGAGAGCAUUUGCCCAGGGACAGGAAGGUGGCUGUUCCGGGACAAACCUUUCCAGGAGUGGACAAACUCUGCGGCCUCUGUAUCGAAGAUCUUAUGGCUCAAAGGGAUUCCGGGAUCCGGAAAGACAUUUCUUACCGCUACGAUUAUCAACCACGCCAAGUCACUCAAUUCGAAAGCCUUGGGACAAAAUGCAACACUGUUUGCUUUCCUUAGCUAUAAGGAAUCCCACACAACCGCUCUUUCGGUCAUCCACUCUCUGAUCUUCCAGCUCACCGAUGACUCUGGAACUCUACGAACAGCGCUUUGUCAAUCCAGCAGGCAAAACUUAAGGAGCAGCCUUGAGGUUGCAGUAGGACUUCUCAAAUCACUACUCAGAUGUACCAUGUUUACAUUCAUUGUUGUUGACGGGAUCGACGAGAUUGAAGAGGUGGAACGCAUUAUAUUGCUAAAGCAACUACUACAGAUUCUCAAGAGUUGCGAGAAUUGUCGGAUUCUUCUUAGCAGCCGUCCGGAAUCCGAUAUAAUAGCCAUUCUCAAAGAUCAUACUUUCGACAUUGAGGUCAAUAAGAGAAACUCCGGAAGCGUUCAGGCAUACGUCAACAACCGCAUGGCUGAGUGGUUUCAAGCAAAGGCAUUCGAUCCCGAAUUCCAAAAAGGCAUCGAAGGCUCACUGGCAAAACUCGCACACACUGCAAACGGGAUGUUCCUUUAUGCACGGGUAGUCUUUGCGAUUAUAUGGGAAAUCGACACUUUGGAAGAGCUUCGUAGUUUGCUCAAAUUCCCUCCAGCGACACUGAACGAUGCAUACGGAAGGAUCUUUGACAGGGUCAACCAAUCAAUAAACGUCAUGUUGAAGAGCAAAGCUCGAAGAAUAUUAGGGUGGGUAUGUUGCGCUCCAUCGCCUCUUACCAGGCAGGAGAUUGAACAUGCCUUGAUUGUCAACUCGGAAGAUACCGAAGGAGAGGCCAAAGUGGUCUCUGUCCUCGAUGUCGUUCGAGUCUGUGGGCCCAUGGUGGAGGUGGUUGACGAUCACGUGCAGUUCGUUCACUUCACAGCCAAGGAGUAUAUUCUCCACAACGAAACACUCGACCACAUCACGCUCCUCGAUGCGACGCUAAGUUUGACCACCUGCUGCAUAACGUAUCUUUGUCAAGCGCAUCACAAUCAGGAGCUGUCAGUAGAAGAAAUCGGCGAAAACCUUCUUUCGGGAGCCUACAGACUCCACGAUUUUGCCGCUUUAUUUUGGUUCGAAUUGCUCAAACAGUUUCUUAUCUUGAACAAGACAGACAAGUUGCCAGACGACCUGGUGAACGGCUUAGAGAGUCUCUAUGACGAACGAUAUGAUGCGGGACAUCAGGCCAACGCCGAAAGUCAGGACAUAGAACCGGAGUUCGAUAUCUUUGGUCCGAAGCUUGCUCCUUUGCAGCAAAUGUUGAACCAUGUGUCUGGGUUCCAGAAAACAACUGCCAAUGCUGACUACCAUCUCGGCCAAGAGGCACGUUGGAUUCACUUGGAUCCAUUGACAAAUUCUCGCACAUCAAUCGGCAUCUAUGCUCAACUAGAUCAUCUUCUCUGCCCAAAAGCGCACCACGAGCACGGCUGUGCAUGUACAACCAUCCAGCAACACUACGGCCCUAGAGUUUUCAAGUGCGGCUUCCUACGUUGCCAGUCACGUCGUCAUGGCUUCAAAACGAGGUCCGAGCGAAAUUCUCACGAGAAGCAUCAUGAGCAACCGUGGAAAUGCGAUGUCCCUGGUUGCGAGUACUCGGACACUGGGUUUCUUACGCGCAAAUGGAGAGAUUACCAUCUACAGAGCGACCACCGACCAGAAGGGCACGCAAAAGCAGGUGCGCUUGGCGAUCCAGACGAAGAUGAAAUUCAGCCUCUAUUGUUUGAUCUAGUAGGGACUGACAAUGUGGAGGCUGUGAGAGCGCUUUUACCCCGGUUUGAGAAUCUUCCAGAGUCAGUGAAAGCUGAGCUGGCUAUCCAGGCAGCUGUAUCUGGAUCAUCGUCAAUGCUCGAUUUGAUUUGGCCCAAUGCGUGGAAAGGUACUGAGGUUUCCUUGCACGCAGACUCACACAACGAAGCGUGUGUCGCGGCUAUAGAAGCGGGAAAUUUCAAUUCCUCGAGAUGGUUGGUUGCUAGAAUACGGCAAAACCAUACGAACCGUUGGUCUCAGUGGGGAAAACUCCUCGUCGCGGUCUUGGCUUUUGAAUCGAAGGAAAUGUACGAAAUCUGGAAGGCAGCCUUUUGUUUUUUGGCUACAGCCGUCCUUAAGAAUUCGGUAGCAAUGAGUUUUGUGGUUCAACUAGCACAACAGACCGUUGCGGCAACUGAAAACAAAACAGAGAGAGAGCGCAUGCUCUUGUUGCUUUGGAAGGAAACGAGGGCAUUGGAACCGCUCAAUCACAGGGAUUUAGGAGCUGCUUUAGUCAAUGUUGCAAGCACAACUUGCUCAAUUGACCUGGCACGGACACUCCUGGACGCCGGGGCUGAAAUUGACUACAAACGAGUCAGAAACUCUCCCACACCGCUACACUACGCAGCAAGAAAGAGCUCAGAAGAGGCAGCUAGGCUUAUGGAGCUCCUCCUCCAUCGCGGGGCCGAUCCCAAAACCUCUUCCAAGCACCGCAGAAUUGAAGAUGAAAAAGGAAUAACGCAGAUUCCAAGGUGGUUAGGCUUAUCUUGGGAUGAACUAGUCGAGAACACAAAGGCCAACCGCGAGGCAAUUGAGAGUUGAUCUACAGCUGUAGCUAGAACUGGUACUUGCCAAUACAUGAGACCCGGUAU